AUUGGUGAAAUCUUUGCACAAUGCGCAUACCGUGUGAAUUCUACAUACUUAUUACAUUAUUUACACGCAUGUACGUCCUUAGAGUAACACACAAUUGGAUGCAUAUAAUAAAAGAUUCAGAGAUGACAGAAAUCUAUAAGACAUUACAAGCAUAUAUGAAAUAUAUGAGAUGAAUCGAUGAAGAAGAAACUUUAGGUCCUCUAAUCGACAUCGAUGUGACGCAAUCUAGGCGGAUCUAGACACAAACGCGUUGCGCGUUCGAUGGGAAUAUCCCGAGCGAGAAUCGAAAGGCAUCGAUAAUGCCUAGUGUACAUUACGGUUCGUACGACGCUGAAUGUUCUCUUUGCCGGCAGGUAACAUACGUGUACGAGCACGAUCGAGCGCGAGCCAUCGGUGUAAAUAUUGAACAAGUGACGUAAUUAGUUGUGCGAGGCAUGAUAAUAAGCGGGGACGUUACUCGUCGGCGCACCUCGCGAUCAGAUACCGCACGAAAUUGUUCCCCGUUUCGAGGUCGACGCACCGUAUCUGCCGCGGAGAAGUCUGAUAAAAGAUACAGUUCGGAUCCGUCGUCGUCGUUGGACGGUCGCGCGAGUUCUCGCUGGCGGAAAACGUUCGGGAAAACGAUGGAGGCGGAACAUAGACUAGAGCAAUUGAGGAGGGCAACGGACAGAAUACAAAGAGAGAUUGAAGAGGUCACCGAGAGGGAACACGAAUUACGGAACGUGGGUAGCAUUAAAACCACGUCUCACGAAACGGUGGAUUCCAAGGUGCGACGCAUGCCACAGGCGCUAGCUUCAGGCAAGUUGAAAAGGACAACAUCUACACCACAGAUCCUAGAAGCGGUAAAUUUGAACCCGCUGUCGGCAAAUCUGACGCCAAAGAUGACGAACGGUGUAAUAUCUACGCGCACAACGCCGACGCCGUUGCGUUUCGCCAGCGCGCCAAGUCAGAAGGGCCUGAUGCACAGGUUCCUGGCCACGCGAGGAAAGAUCUACAGGAACAAAUCGGGAAGCAACGACGUCCUGAGUCCGCCCAUAACGCCCACUAUUACGCUCAAUCCUUUAAGUAUUAAGGCCUUCAACCAAACGUUGGAGAUACAAUUGGAGCCGGACGACGAGCCCAAGAAACCACUGGCGAGGAAGGGAUACGUGCCGGUCGAGCAGAAGAUCCAGAAAGAACUGCACGAUAUGAGAGAACGCGAAAACGAGUUAAGACUGAUGAGAUCGCAAAUGUUGGCAAAGUCUCAGCCGAAUUUACUUGAUAUAGGAAACGAUAAUGAUUCUGACAUUUACGACGGCUCCAGUUCGCUCAGGAGCGGUGCUUCUACUAACACUUUGAACGAGGACGAGAUUGAGAGAGAGCACAAAGGGAAACAUAAGCCUAAUCCACGACGUCGUAGCACACUUAUUGCACAAUGGGAAAAUCUGAUAGCCGCCAAGAAAGAGUCCGUCGAGAACAGCGAGAGUGAUAGUUAUUUUUGAAAGUUUUAUAACUCCCAAAAAAUGUACUUGCAAGCGACAAUUUUGUCCUCGUUUUUAUCUUGUCGUUAUCUACGUAAAACGUAAACGUUAAAUUGUAAAUUUAUAAAUUUGGUGGAAUAUCACAGUAGACGUCUGUACUGUAACAAGUUACUUUGCUAUUCUUAAAGCGCAUGUCGAUUGAUUAUGUGAAUCUGCAUCUCAAUUUUCUUGUUUAUCUUGUUUAUAUAGUUUAUUUACGAACGAACGACUUCGUUCGAAUAAUUAUAGCGAUAUAUCGUUAAUUAGAAUAUACUGUGCGUAUCGCGGCUGCAUGUUUUCAGUAUUAAGUUACUAGAUAAACAUAAUUAUUAGUAACAUAACUUAUAACAAAGUUGAAGAUCUUCCUAAAAAAUGUAAGGCCAAAUUUGUUUUGUUACAUUAUUGAUGAAUUGUAAUAUGAAUACAUGUAAAAUAUUCGUGAACCAUUAAAAAUUUUUAUACACGUAUCGUCCAAUAUAGAUAUGUGGAUUUGAAGUGUUUACGAUUGUUAAAAUCUUGCGUACAAAUAAGACAGAAAAAUUUGAAUUUCCAGAUUUUUCCACUUAUUAAAUUCAAUGAAGAAUU